UUUUGAAUUUUACGGGGGACAAGAAGAAGAUAAUCAAUCCUCAGCAUUUUCAUCUUUAUACAAGGGCUGAAGCAGCAGUGAUCCAGAAAAAGAAAGAGUGUUUAGUAUGUCGAUGCUGGCUCCUGGAGUACCAUCUUUCAUACAUAUCACCCAAAAUGAAUCUUUUGGCAGAAAGAACAAGAAGCUGAUGAAAGAAGAGGAUAUCAUUGUCUGUGACUGCAAAUGGGAUGCAAAUCUUCCAGAUAGUGCAUGUGGGGAGAGAUGCCUUAAUGUUCUGCUAAGUGUUGAAUGCACACCUGGCUAUUGUCCUUGUGGUGACAUGUGCCAAAAUCAGAAAUUUCAAAAAUUUCACUAUUCCAAGACAAAGUUAUUCCAAACUGAAGACCGCGGCUGGGGUCUGUUGGCUGAUGAAAAUAUUAAGUCCGGACAAUUAAUAAUCGAAUACUGCGGGGAAAUUAUAUCAUCUGAUGAAGCAAAGCUAAGAUCGGAAUCCUAUGAAGCUAAAGGUCUCAAAGAUGCAUACAUCAUCUCACUUAAUGCCAACUUCUAUAUUGAUGCCACCAAAAAAGGAAGUCUUGGCAGGUUUAUAAAUCACUCCUGUGAACCUAACUGUGAGACGAGGAAGUGGACAGUUCUAGGAGAAGUAAGAGUUGGUAUUUUCUCGAAGGAAGAUAUAAGCAUUGGUACUGAACUUGCUUAUGACUAUAAUUUUGAAUGGUAUGGCGGUGAAAACGUAAGAUGUUUGUGUGGUGCAACCCACUGUUCAAAAUUUCUUGGGGCAAAAUCUGCUGGUUUCUUGGAGUACAACCAUGUAUGGGAAGAAGGUGACGAUAGAUACACUGUUGAAGAAGUACCCUUGUAUGAUUCAGCCGAGGAUGAGAAACCAUAUAUCCUGGACGCUCCAAACUCCUCUAAGAGUGAACCCAUGUCAGAUGUGAAGAAUGAUAGCAAUGUGAAAUUGAAUUAUGUACCCUUGGAUACUGAUUCAGUUUCAAAAGCUACAGAAGCUUCGAGCGGAGUGAAAUCUGAACCGACAAAUGCUUACACCUUCAAUGCACAAGGUAAAACUUAUUUUUUUAGUCGGAAUAAUGUCACUGAUAAAUCGCAUCUGAAAUGUGUAUGUCCAAAUUAUAAAUUUGAAUCAGGCCAUGCUCCUAAAAGAAGAGCACAACAACAAAAGGUGAAAAGUAAAUCUAAAGGUUCUGGUGCAAAUCAAGUUGAUGCUAAACGCAUUGCCAUGAUGUUUGCAUCAAAGAAAGCUCAGGAAGAAGUCUUGAAGUGUGAGGAAACAAGAAUUGAAGCUGAUUCUAAGCUGAACUCUGUUUACGACGAGAUUCGUCCAGCCAUCGAAAAACACAACAAAGACAACCAAGAUAGGGUGGAUAGCAGCAUGGCCAAAAAGUGGAUAGAAGCGAGCUGCGCCAAAAUGAAAGCUGAUCUCAACUUGCAUUUCUCCAUUGUGAAGAAUGCAAUACUCAACCCUCCAAGGGCACAUGCUAAAGAUAUAUCUCAAGGGGAACCAAAGCCUGCCAAUGAUUCUAGUCUUUGAU